CAGUGGCUCAGUGGACGAUGGACAGAUCUCGAAGUUGUGAAAAAGCAAGCAAGCUGAUUUGAAGCUGCCCACGCCGUUUUUGUCUUCGCUAUGGAAUCUUGAGGAGGAGAUUGGCAAAAUGACCCAUGAACACUUUGGAAAAGAACGGACGAGCAUGGAUGGUGAAAAAUUCCAGACUGUUGUGCAUGGUCCUAAGUGCCAUGAAUUAAGUCAGGCUGUGCAAGUUGGUGAUGUGCGCAAGUUUCGACAGAUUCUGGCUGGUCUAGACAAAUGUGGUUGCUUUGCAAAAGAGUGCGACUCUGUUCUACAUUAUAUUGCAAGGUAUGGAGUUAAACAAGUAGUGAAGCCUCUACUUCGUCACAUAGUGGAUGUAGAUGUUGUAGAUAAAGAUGGGAACACGGCGUUGAUGAUUGCUGUUGAAAAUCGGCAGAUUGACAUUGUGACUACAUUGUUGAGUCAAGGAGCACGCAUAGACAAGCAGAAUGCAGAUGGGAAGACCCCAGUCAUGUUAGCUGUAGAAGGGGCAUGCUCAGUUCGUCUUCUUAUUGAUUUGUUCCAGUGGCAACCUGACGGUGGGGUCAACCUCCAAGACAAACUGGGUCAGACCGCCUUGAUGAAAGCCUUUCUGGCUCAAGAUGUAGACGCAAUCAUGGUGCUUCGGUAUCAGAAAGACAUUGAUGUCAAUCUGAAGGAUUACCAAGGCAGAACAGCUGAAGAUCUUGCAGAACAGUUUGGGUUGGGAAAUGUUUUCUCUCUUUUGCAAGAGCAUAAGCAACAGCUAGAUGACGUUCAAAAUGACCACCCUCUUUUUCUAGCAAUAAAAGCGUCUAAAAAUGAUGUUAUACAACUUUUACUUGAAGCAGUCAACAUUUCACCAGAUACAGAAAGUGCUGAAGGCGAUACACUGUUGAUGGCUUCUUUGAAAAUGGGAACUGGGGAGGUGAACCUGGAUGCUAUGAAACUCUUAUUGGAUGCUGGAGCUUCUGUCAAUGCUGUAAACUGGCUGUCUGGUCACACCCCGUUAAUGUUGGCGUGUAUGGCUGGUUCGACGCUCGCUGUGGAAUGGUUGCUUGAAUAUGGCGCCUUGGUGAAUACCCAGAAUGCUCUUGAUGGGUACACAGCUCUUAUGUAUGCCAUUGAACAUGGCUCAAUAGAAUUAGUCCAGAAUUUAUUGCUAGCAGGAGCAGAUGUUAAAUCAAAAGCUGCAUGUGGGAAGACUGCUCUACUCCAGUGUAUUCAGUUGAAACGGGAUGCUUGCUUUGAACUUGUUGUACAGAGUGGAGUCAAAAUCAAGUCAUCUGAAAAGGAGAUAGCAAUGCGACAUGGCAGCUCUUACUUGUUUAAAAAAUAUGGGUAUCAAGUUAUUUCAUUAGACUGCUGUGUGGCUACUGCUGCUGAAAAGGGCAACGUGAACCUCGUCAAAUAUUUGUUGGACAUCGGUAUGCCUGUUGAUGAACAAGAUAAUGAGGGGGAGACUGCGUUAGUAUAUGCUGUUCGGCACCAAAACAUGGCCAUGAUCCAGUGCUUACUGGACCACGGGGCGUCUGUAGACCUACAGACCUCAACGAAAGGCUGGCCGCUGCGAGAGGCAGUCACCCGGAGAGACAUAGAUAUUAUGAAACUUCUCCUCAACCGUGGUGCAAACCCGGACAUCAGGCUACCAGACAGAACAACUCUACUUGGCUGGACAUGUUCUGCAGAGUAUUUUCAACAAGUGCCACAUGUUCUAAUUGAGGCUGGAGCAGACCUAAAUGCUAAUGCAGGAGAUCCCCCGCUUCACAAGGUGGUCAAAUACAGGAACACAGACCUACUGAAACUUUUACUUGAACGUGGUGCUGAUAUGCUAGCACAAGAUUCUUUUGGCAGAACAGCUUUACAGGUAGCUCUGGAGCACCCGGAGGCCAUGGCCUUAUUAAUAGAACAUGGUGCAGAUGUCAACUUCCAGGCUGCGAGUUCAUUAACAAUUCUGAUGGAAACCAUCCAGUCAGGCUGUGUCAGAUCAGUGAGUCUUCUACUCCAACAUGACAUAGAUGUGCACAUCAGAGAUUCUGCUGGAAGUACAGCAUUUCUGCAUGCUGCAAAGUCAGCUCAUUGUUCAUCAUGUUUGCCCAUUCUUUUAGAGCACAAUGUGAAUGUGAAUGACCAGGAUAUGUUUGGUUCUACUGCGCUCCAUCACAUCAUAAAGAACUGUUCAGUCUCUACUGAGGACAAAAUUUUUUUGACUCUCAGCCUUGUCAAAGCUGGAGCAGAUUUGAGUCUCAAAGAUGAAGAUGACAACACAGUAUUACUUAUAGCUACCAGACAAUAUCUUUCCCCAGUCAUAAAAGUACUAAUUGAGUCCGGGGCUGACCCUCAGUGGCUGAAUGGACAUGAGUCAACAUUGGUGCACGCUGUUACCUUUUUCAACGGGCAGGCGUGGGGUGACUACUUUGAUGUUUUAGAUGUCUUGUUGGAGGCGGGUGCUAAGGUGAAUGUCGUGUCCCCCAAAGUAAUAGCUAGUUUCCAUGAAAUGAUUAUUUCAGGGCAUGUUGACUUUGUAUUGAAGCUUACAACUUUAGGUUUAUCCCCUUGCAAUGUGCCAUGCUCAGACUUAAGAAGGGUAUUGAGUUGUAGUACAUUUGAGUUGCUGAGUGAAAAUGGAAUAACCGAAAUGUCACCCCUCUGUACAGCUUUAGUUACAUGUCAGCCACGGAUUGCAAGCUAUUUUAUUGAAAAUUGGUAUUUAACUCACUUUGACUUGACUGUCUUGCGAACAAACCCUUGCAUUAUGGCAAUUACUGAAUAUUUUGACUUUGAGCCUAGCAAAGAAUUGCUGCAGUCUUUUAUCCAGGAGCCGUUGUCUCUGUUUAAGCUCAGUUUUGUUGCCCUGUCAGACCGCAUAGGUGCUGGUGAGGAACGCGAGCAGACAGUCCGGGCACAGCUGCCGAGACUGGUGGGAGAUAGUCUUCUGUACCAGACCAAAGCUUGUCAUAUAGCUGCGUUCACUGCUGUACCUCGUCAUUCCUCUAGCAGUUUGAGCAGUUAUAGUUAUACUGAUCUCAUAGGAUUUGUUGACCUAGAUUAAUUGUGUGGAGCAAUUUUGGUCUUGGUAGGGAUUUUUUAUUUUUUACUAUAGGUGUAAGGGGUUAGAGACAGUGUGGUGAGGAAUAUAACUCAAUACAACUCAUUUAAAGCAAACAUUAGGUGCUAUUGACUGACAUGUGUAGAAAAUAACUGUUUUGUUAUAGUCUUAUUAGUUCUCUUGUUUUACACUUGGCUUCAUGGUGUAUUGUAAAUGUCCUUUUGAAUUAAUGCAAUACCUUAUGUGAGCCUUGGACCAAGAGACCCUGAUAGAUAAGUUAACUGAUAUUUGAUGCUGUUUAUGUAAUCACUGUGCAGCAAUGUUGAUUUAGGACUUGGUUUUGUCCUAUCUCUAUAGAGAAAGGAAAAUGUUCUUGUGGAAUUCAUAAAGGCACAAAAUAGACAUAAGCUUUCAGCAGCUUGAACUAAACAAAUUGGAAAUGUAAAAUUACCUAGCAAAAUGUAUGAUUAGAUACUGAAAACUAUCUCAGAAUUUCUUUGCUCUAAAAUUGUGCUUAUAAUAAUGUUUGAGGUGAAGACAUUGAACUUUCUUUCAUGGAUUGCUUGUUCCAAAAGAGGUAAAUUAGGACACGAUUUUCUCAGAAUUACUUUUUUUUCCUGCAUUAUCUCUGACCAUACCUUCUUAUCUGAGUGUAUUUAUAUAUGACAUAAUCUGUUGACACAUCAUGCAAAUGAUGCUGAUUUCUCCACGUUUCACCUGGAAGAGCUUUCAAGGGAUGCGUUUUGUCAUUUCUUCGAGCUAAAGUCUCCAUUUUCAUCUUUUGUUCAAUUAUAUAAAUAUUAAUUGUAUUACCUCACUUCUCUUUAUUGUAUUACUUGUUUUCAUGGUUUAUUUGUUCAUUUGUAUGUAUGUAUAGUAUAAGGUUUUACGGCGCUCGCAACUGCUAAGGUCAUAUGAGCGCCUUUGUUCAUUUAUUGCCUGUGGUUUUUCUGCCUCAUUGUAUGUUCACCUUACACAGGGAUAGAUUUAAUAAUACUGUGAGUAGGAGAUGUAUCUUACAACUUGUUGGGAAGCAGCAUCUUUUACCAAAUUACCAGUACAUAUAAUAUUAUACAUGAGUGUGGGUGCCUGAAGAAAGGCACAAAAAGUCAGCUUUUGACAUUUAUCGGGGGGGGGGGGGUUCAGAUAGAAAUUUUGAUGCUGAGCAAAGGGGAUGAAAUUUUUUAAAAAAGAUAUACAUCUCAAAUAGUUUUGAGAUAGAUAGUCUAUGCUUUACGACAGGGAGUGAUGAUACCAUUUUUGAGAAAACGGUAUGCUGUAACAACACCAGAGUGGCAGAUAGUGUAAGGAUGCGUAAGUCGUAAGUAGUGUGAUUUCUUUGCAGAUGUUAUAAUCAUGCGCACUGCUAUCUCUAUAGAGUAGGGGAAGUCCCAGUGAAUAUUUUGGUAUAACGGGGUUCAGCUUCACCUGAAGUUGCCUGUCUACAUGGCUUGGGAGGAGAAGACUGUAAAGAUCCUAAACAUCGAUUUUUAGUCACUUUUGAAAAUCCAUUUGCUAUUCUUUUUUGAAGAAUACCCUGUCAUCAAAAUAAUUCCUAAAGAAGUCUAAGAAAUGAGAAUUCUUUUAAAUUAUGUUGCAGAAAUCAUGGAGCCAUUAUUUUUUAAUGGAAACAUGUUUUGGUUUUAAAAAAAAAAGAUUUUAAAAAAUACCAGAUUUACUUUAUCAGUCUGCAGCUCGUAAUGAAAUGGGCCGACUGUUUGUCCCUUUCUUGAGGUGCGCACACGUAUAUAAGUAGUUUUAAAAAAUAACAUGCCAGAUCAGGAAUGUUGUUAUUGUUAUGCUUCUAUUCCUCAUGACAAACUCUCUUUGUGGUCAUCUGUGUAUUUUGUUACCGCAUAGUUUUAGUAACUCUUUGAUUACAUCAGUUGAUCCAGUAAGGUGGGUUUUCUGACAUACAGAAACUCAAAUUGCAUAUAUACCUCUUUUUAUUUAUUUUUUUCAGUAUUAUUUAUUGUGUCAUUUUAAACUUUUAUGGUGUCACAUCACUGCUGGGCAUUUUGAUGUAGUUUGUGUCUUUAAUAAAAUAUUUUUUAUGGUCCUUGGGCAAAAUGUUGAAUUUUGACAUUUUUGCUUACAGUAAAUCUUAACUCACAGCACCUUCUUACUCCUGUAUGAUUUGGAGUCAUGUUCAGAAAACCAUGUGUUCAAUGAGUCUCCAUCAUAAUAAAAAGUUUACUUGAGAAGCCUAUGUCAAACUUUUGGCCUCCUCACCGAUGUCUGUGGUGUAAUGCUUAGGCGCUUUACUGUAGCAUGCAGCGCGGAAAGUUUUUACCAUACAUUAUUCAUAUAUCUUAGUCUUUCUGUUUGGACGUUGUAUCUCUCUCAGCUGGGGUUAGCCCUAAUUACUAAUAGACAGGGUGGAAGCCUGCUCCUUAAAUCAUCUUAUAUUGUGUCAGUGGGGACUAAAAAAACCAAGUAUAGAGGUGCAAAUUGUUAUUCCAGUAAAAUGGAAUGUAUAGGGUGAUCAAAAAACAAACCUGUACAACUUGUUUUAUAAAUAUCUCCCUCCAUACUGAAGUUUUGCAUUUCAGAUUUGAACAUAACAUUUGGAAGCCAAAAGGAAUUUGUGUGAUAUUCAUUUUAGAGAAGUCCAUUAAAUGAUUUUGCUCUAUUUAGCACGUUUAAAAUCGUAGUUUUUUAAAACUGUGCACAAGAAAUAUUGUUUAAUUAAAUGUCACCGGGAUGGAAAA